UCAGUUUUGGCGUUUGGCGUUUUCUAGGUGUCACCUGUGAACCAUGCCUAAAGUUGUGUCCCGGUCAGUUGUCUGUUCCGACACUCGGGACCGGGAGGAGUAUGACGACGGCGAGAAGCCCCUCCACGUCUACUACUGUUUGUGCGGCCAGAUGGUUCUCGUGCUGGACUGUCAGUUAGAGAAAUUGCCGAUGAGGCCCCGGGAUCGGUCCCGGGUGAUUGAUGCUGCCAAACAUGCCCACAAGUUCUGUAACACAGAAGACGAGGAAACUAUGUAUCUUCGCAGGCCUGAAGGCAUCGAACGACAGUACAGGAAGAAGUGUGCAAAGUGUGGAUUGCCACUCUUCUACCAGUCCCAGCCGAAGAAUGCUCCUGUGACCUUCAUUGUGGAUGGAGCAGUAGUCAAGUUUGGGCAGGGUUUCGGAAAAACGAAUAUAUAUACUCAGAAGCAAGAGCCUCCUAAGAAGGUGAUGAUGACCAAACGGACUAAAGACAUGGGCAAGUUCAGCUCUGUCACUGUGUCAACUAUUGAUGAAGAGGAAGAGGAGAUUGAGGCUAGGGAAGUUGCUGACUCGUAUGCACAGAAUGCCAAAGUAAUUGAAAAACAGUUGGAGCGCAAAGGCAUGAGCAAAAGGCGGCUGCAAGAGCUGGCUGAACUGGAAGCCAAGAAGGCAAAAAUGAAAGGGACUUUGAUUGACAACCAGUUCAAAUGAUCAGGACCUUGUUCUUGACGGCGUGCACUGCUUCCUACCUUUGCUCCCCAGCAGAAGGCUUUAUGUUGCUCCUACAUUCAUUGAGGUCUUUGAGUCCAUCUGACCUGCUUUCUAGAGUUGGGUUUUUUUAAUCUUUCUAUAUAUGGCUCUUCUGUACUGUUUUUUUUUUUUCAUUUGAUAUAAACAUUCUUAGCUGUAUAGGAACUCUAUGAAUAGAUCAGUGCUUAACUAUCUCUAAUUUUUAAAGUAGCUGGUCUUUAAUAAUAUGUUCAAAGAUUUUUGAAAAAAAAUUAUAAGUUGCCAUAGAAAAAAGUGGCGUGUAAUUAGAUUUAAAAGCACAGCCAGUCAGAUCCCUUGAGGUCUUGGCAGGUAUCAGCUAUGGUUUGAAUCUCUUAUUCUAUCACAGAAAAUCGAUAAAAGUCAGACUCUGUAUAAAGCUUCCUUUACUUCAAAUAUGAAAGCUGUAAGUGAGCCAUCCCUUAUCAGACUUUGCACUUAAAGAAGCAAAAGCCAGAUUGCAUGAGGGGUUAGGGUAGCUGAGAUCUGAAUGCAAAUGGAGGACUUCUGGCCAAGAUGGAUGCGUAGGUGGAAACAUUGUGCCUCCUCACACAACCAAGUUUAAAGACAACAAAGUUUUAGUAACAAAAACGCAACCAAAACACAGAAAAUUGAACUGUAUGGAAGUCCAACAACAAUGAACCGUUCAGCCAGACCAGUAAGAGGGGCGGAGCCAGUAGCAGAGUGGGGUCGGGCAGGAAAAAGCAGCCGGACUGACCCAGGAGCCCAGGUGGCAACGGGUGGACCCACUGAGGGCGCAAGACGGCUGGCUGACUGCAGUCACACAUUCGAGUGCAGAUAAACCAAGCUAAGGAGCGAGCAGUGAGACAGACUGCUCAGGCUAGGGCCCCAGUGAUAGGAAUUAGAGCCUGAAAACACCAAUUGGAAGGACUUUUGGGUCGAGGUGCCGGGAGAGGCUCCCAGGCUCACAGAGAGUUUGUUGGAGAGACCCACAGGAUCUUGGAGGGUGCACAGGCCCACACACCCAGGAACCAACACCAGAAGGGCCCAAUUUGCUUGGGGGAAGCAGCAGAGGGGACCAAAAUCUGGCAGUGUGGAACUAGCGCCAUUGCUCCUCUCUGACCCCACCUCCACAUAUAGUGUCACAAUCCAGUGACUGGGUCGCCCCACCCUGGUGAACACUUAAGGCUCCGCCCCUCAUAUGUAACAGGCGGGAACAGACCAAAACAUUAUGGCUCAAGAACAGCUCCAGAACCAAUACUUCUAAGCCACCAAAGGAUAGCCAACCUACCAAAUGCACAGUUCAAAACGCUGGUGAUCAGGAUGCUCACAGAACUGGUUGAUUUUAGUCACAAAUUAGAGGAACAAAUGAAGGCUACAUUAAGUGAAAUGAAGGGAAAUGCACAGGAAACCAAUAGUGAUGGAAAGGAAACUGGGACUUAAGUCAAUGGAGUGGACCAGAAGGAAGAAAAAAAAGACCAAAUAGAAAAGAAUGAAGAAACAAGAAUUCCAAAAAAUGAGGAGAGGCUUAGGAACCUCCAGGACCUCUUUAAAUGUUCUAACAUCUCUGAAUCAUAGGGGUACCAGAAGGGGAAGAGGAAGAACAAGUGGAAACCUUAUUUGAACAAAUAAUAAAGGAGAACUUCCCCAUUCUGGCAAAGGAAAUAGACUUCCAGGAAAUCCAGGAAGCUCAGAGAGUCCCAAAGAAGUUGGACCCAAGAAGAAACACACCAAGGCACAUCAUAAUUACAUUAGCCAAGAUGAAAAUGAAGGAGAGAAUCCUAGAAGCAGCAAGAGCUAAGGGGACAGUCACCUACAAAGGAGUUCCCAUCAGACUGUCAGCAGAUUUCUCAAAAGAGGCCAGAAGUGGCUGGAAAGAAGUAUUCCAAGUCAUGAAAUCCAAAGACCUACAUCCAAGAUUGCUCUAUCCAGCAAAGCUUUCAUUUAGAAUGGGAGGGCAGAUGAAAUGCUUUUCAGAUAAGGUCAAAUUCAAGGAGUUCAUCAUCACCAAGCCCUUAUUAUAUGAAAUGUUAAAGGGACUUACCUAAGAAAAAGAAGAUGAAAAAGAUGAACAGUGAAAGGACAGCAAAAUCAGUUAUUGACAACCACACCUAAAACAAAAGCAAACUAAGAGGACAGCUAGAUCAGGAGCAGAACCAUAGAAAUGGAGAGCACAUGGAGGGUUAGCAACAGGGGAGUGGGAGGAGGAGAAGGGGGGAGAAGGUACAGAGAAUAAGCAGUAUAGACAGUAGGUAGAAAAUAGGGGAGAGGGCAAGAAUAGUAUGGGAAAUAUAGAAUCUAAAGAACUUGUGACACAUGGACAUAAACUAAAGGGGGGAAUGGUGGGGGAGGGAAAUGAAGGGGGGAAUAGGACAACUAUAAUGGCAUAAUCAAUAAAAUACAUUUAAAAAAUGGAAUCUCAGUAAGCAACCCAGGGGAGCUACCAUCCUGUCAAGUAGCUAAGAGUACUGCUGCCAUGUGUGGGGGCAGUGGCAUGUGGGAGGGAGAAAUUAUAGAGUGAGAUUGAUGCUGAGGUUGAAAACAGUAUAUGUUGGGUAUUUUAUUUCACAUUUGCUAUUUGUGGAAUAAUCUUAUAGAUAUAAAUAUUUAAUAUUACACCGCUUCAGCAAUAUCAAUAUGUAGUGUUUGUAUCCAGAUUUCAUCUGUUCACCCAUAUUACCAGGUAUCGCCUGCAUCUAGUCAUAUCUCUGCAACUGAGUCACCCACCUCAGUUUCUGUCCUCAUUCUAAGAGAUAAUUAGGCAUCACGUGCCUAAUAACCAACAGUAACCUCUGCACAAUUUCUUGACCUCAAUUGCCAACAAUGACCUUCACCUUCACGCCACUUUAGCCACAAAGUGCCAUGCCCACAGGCUGGGUUUCAUCUUAGCCGCCUCUGAAAUACAGUGCUCUAUUCUUUCCCCUCAGCCUGCUAUCAUUGCUAGUCUGGUACUCCCACUUCUGCUAAAACUGGUUUGUUUUUAGAUUUGAAGGGUAAUUAUCUUGAUUAUUUUAUUAGUAGUAAUAAUAAAAAAUAGUACUAAUGAUACUAAUACUAGCUAUUUUUUAUCGAGUACUUACUAUGUGUCAGGUGCCAUGGAAAGCACUCUUAUGGGUAUUACUUUAAUUUAAACAUGAAGAUAAUCUCAUAAGAGAGGUUAAGUAUAGUAGCUGUACUCCUUAUCUGUCGGGGACAUAUUCCAAGAUCCCCAGUGUAUGUCUGCACUACACACACACACACACACACACACACACACACACACACACACACGCUAUGUCUUUUCCUGUGCAUACAUACACUUUUUGGCUUGUAUUUCCAUAUCCAAAUUUUCAUCAUCACUACUCUCGUGUUUUGGGGCAAUUAGUAAGUAAAAUAAGGGUUACUUGAACAUAAGCACUGUGAUACCCUGCCAGUCGACGUGAUAACUGAGACAGCUACAAAGAGACUGAUAGGUGAGGAGUAUUUACACUGUGGAUAGACAAAGGGUUGGUUCACAUCCCAGACAUAAGAUCAUAGGGCACUACUCAGCACAGCAUGCAAUGUAAGACUUUUGAAUUCUUUAUUUCUGGAAUUUUCCAUUUAAUAUUUUCAGACUAUGGUUGACCGUGGGUAACUGAAGCCACAGAAAGCAAAAGCACAGAUAAAGGCUGGGGAGGGGGAGGGCUACUGUACUGUCCAUCAUUAUAAUGUUAUAAAUGUGUACUUUGAGGCCCUGAGAGUUUGAGUUUCCCAAGUUCCCAUAGCCAGCAAGUGACAAAGCCAGAAAUCCAACUAUGCAAGUAUGCUGAACUACUUCUCAUGUGGGAUUUAAAAUGUAAAUAUGUUAUUGAGAACAGAUUGCCAUUCAUUUUGAGAAACCAAGUAAAGUGCAAUGUAAAGACAAUUGCAAGGAGACAUGUGUUCUUCAUUAUGUUUUCUUCCUAUUGAAAUCGUUAUUAAAAUAACACGACAUGGUUUCUCUGUUGUCUUUAUUUGCUUGUAUUUUGUAUUUUGGCAGCAAUUACAGUGCUUCAUGUUAGUAUAAAGACACAUAGAAAUUUCAGUCUUAUUCUAUUUUUUGGCUUUUAAAUGACUGACUAAUAAAAUGUUAUAAAAUGUUUCUACUGACA